AUGGUGGGGCCGUACCCUUCUCUCCCCAGGGAAGUGGCGGCCACUGUCCCCCGCCGCGCCCCCCUCAGGCACUCCUGGGUGAGAGAGGACCCCCUUAGUCACCCCAGUCACCCCAGUCACCCCGCGCCCCUGAAAGUUGAGGUUUCUCCCUACUCCCCAGCACCCCAGGAUACCCCCAGCACCCCAGGUCAUGUGUCCCGUGCUCGCGCCCUCUUUGAGUCACCCCAAGAUAUGCACCCCAGUUCACCCCGCCGCAAGGACACCCCGGGAUAUAUGAAAGACACCCCUAAAAUGAGUUUAAACACCACAGAAGACGAGGCUGUCACCCCAGUCACCCCAAAAAACACCUUUGUCACCCCUUUCACCCCAGACACAGCCACGAAGAUUACAUUACGCGUUCACCCCUACAUCUACACUCACCCCGCCCCAUCCAGACGCUACACCCAAGGCCCACCGCUUGUGGAUGAGUUUGGGGAGCUUAUUACCACCCCAGUUACUCCCCAGAGGCUUAUGACCGUUAAAAAAGUCACCCCAAUUAUCAUACCACGUAUUACCCCCGUCCGAACUUCACCCCAGCCGGUCUCACACCAAGAAACACCCCAACUUGCUUCUCCCCAGUGUACACAUGCACCCCAGCACUGUACACCCCCGCGCGCUCAGACUACGGGUACCUGGGACGUGGGGGGUGACUGGGGGAGAGGGAGGGGUGAUGAGGUGGGGAGAACCGCGCGGACUCAGCAGACGAACAGCACCAGUGUACCAAAGACUGUGUACCGGGCCACACCGCCGCCCCGUCACCCCCAUGCUCUCCCCAUUGCAAUGUUAGAGUCUCCCCCUACCUCUCACCCCCCUUUCACCCUCACCCCUACGCCAGUUUCUCUCAAAUUCCCUUAG